AUUCUGAUCAUCUGGAUGAAUGAGCCAAUACUUUUGGUAAUAUAGUGUAUCUUGAUGGUGGUUUUCUGUUCUUUAUCAUCCAUUUGUUUACCUUAAAGCCCCAUGACCAUUUCCUCAAACAUGUUGACAUCACAAAGUUGUACCAGAACAUGUCCCUGUCUGUAUUGUCCAUCAUCUUCAGCGUGGCCAGGUUACAACCUCCUUCUGUAUCGUGGCUUCCUGUUUCAGAGGACUACAAGCAGAAGGAAAAUGGCAUCAUGGUCCAACUUUCCAAAUGGUGGUUAGGACUGAGCCUUGUAGCUGUUUUCAAAUGACAUGUACCAGUUAUUCAGUGUCCUUUCACCCCUACCGGGGCAAGUGGUGGAGAUUCAGCAGUUGUUGCUUGAAACUGUUCUAGUCCUUCAAACAAUGAGCGUGGCGUCCUGGUGCUGUGAUUGGUGGAUCUUUAGUGUCUCAUGUAGAUUUCAGUAGUUGAGUCUGUGUCUUGAGGUGGAAUAAAAUCCUCACUGACUGUGAUGACAUGGAUGGCAGAGGGAUAAAAGGGGCUUCAUUUGAAGGCCUGAAGUUCAAGAUUUGGAAUGCAAGAGCGUGAGAGGGGAACAAUGGUCACGGUGUAGCACCACUGGUUGUUGACCAUCAGACCAUCUCCAUUAUGUUGACAAUGUGAUCAAUCUGGAUAAACUCUACCAGGUGGAUGACGUGGUUCAGUGGCAUGUCUCGGUGAAAUGCAGAAGGUUGCCGUCCUACAUGUCCUUCUGGUUCUUGACCCCUGCUGUGAUGUCAUCAGUUUUGCAAUGACUAGACGUUGGUGAGCAGAUACUACAUCAAGAAACCAGUGUGAUCAGCCUCAACUUGUUACUGACUCAGGAUAAUUUCCUUCAAAGAUGCCAGAGAGUCCAGGAAGAAAGACAGAAAAAGCUGGGAGCUUGGUGGACCCAAUGAGACUGUACUAUGUAGUGAUGGACAUUCAUGAAGACACCAGUGUGGAUGUAUGAAAGUAAGAAACAUACAAAGACCCCACACCCACGCAAAUCAACAAACCAGGUUUGGUCGUAGUCGUCAUGACAACCAACCUCAGAGGUGCCAUCAUAGUUCUGACACUUCAUGAAAACUCUUUCAUGUGAAGACAACAGUUUUUUUCUCCUGUGACCACUGUGUUUGUGGUUUGUCACGUCUCUUCCUGUCUGAGUUUCCUGGUUGAUGCUUCAGAGAAAAGUGAACCGUCACACAGACGAUCAUCCUAACAGAAGAAUCAGACUUUGGUGUCUGUCCAACUGCUGUUGGUCUGAUGUCCUGCAGCUGCAGAAUGGAGGGAACAUCUGUCCAGAUGCUGCUGGCUCUGAGCUCCCUGCUGUGCUGCACAACCAACCAAAGUUAGUCCACUUCCUCAUUGGUCUGACUGUGAGUCCCAGCAGAUCUCAGUUCUUUGAAAGAGAAUCAGUGACUCUGAAGUGUGAGGACCACAGCUCUGCAGGAUGGACUCUGAGGAGAAACACCUCACAUGAAACCAGGACUCUGUGUGGAUCUGAGUGGGGAUCAGCAGAUGGUUUGUCCUGCAGGAUCAGCUACAUCUAUCCAGCAGACAGUGGUUUGUACUGGUGUGAGUCCAGAGGGGGAGGAGCCUCCAGCAUCAGCGUGAACAUCAGUGUCUCUGGUGGAUCAGUGAUCCUGCAGAGUCCUGUCCUCCCUGUGAUGGAGGGUCAUGACCUCACUCUGAGCUGUCAAUCACAGACCCCUCCCUCCAAGCCCUCAGCUGCUUUCUAUAAAGAUGGCUCCCUCAUCAGGACUGAGCCUACAGGUCACAUGACCCUCCAGCAUGUUUCCAGGUCUGAUGAAGGUCUCUACAAGUGUCACAUCAGCGCUCAUGGAGAGUCUCCAUCCAGCUGGAUCUCUGUCUCAGAAAGACCCAGGACCACAGGAGCCCCGCCCACAACAGGAGCCCCGCCCCCUGCAUUAGGUCUUGAAUUCAGAGUCCUGCUCCACCUGCUGGUGAUCAGUCCGUUCUUCAUCUCCACUCUCCUUCUGGUGUCUUUAUGUCCACAAAGAGCCUCAGGAAGUGACCCGUCUGUCUCCAUGGUGAUGACCCAGCACUCACAUGCUGAGCAGGGAUUGGCUGAAGACGAUGAUGACAUCAUCACAUCUGGAACCACAGAGCAUCAAUUCUGAACAGAGAAUCUCUUUUGGUUUCAGAAACUUUAAGAUAAUUUUCACUUUUUUAUUUUUGUAAUUUUCUUGAAUUUGUUUAAAAUGUCUAAAUGUUUUUGUUUGAUUUAAAAUCUUGUGUUUUUGUGUGUUAAAUACAAUAAAUCUAAAUUUCAAAUAAA